AUGUCCAGUCCCAACAACUCUAGUUCAUUGAAUUUUGGGUUUUUCUCAGUUAAGCAUCAAAAGUCAUUGCCUCUUAUCAUAAAUAAGAGCAAAAGCUUCAGAAUUAAAUUUUCAGCCACACCAAACUCAGUACAGGCAAGUCCAAUUUUUUCGUCAAAAACUAUAAAGCAUAGAUCUAUAACUAGAGAAAAUGUCCACAAUAUGAUUGAAGAACCACCUGAAAGACUAUUAUCUAAAGGUAGCAUGGAGUUCUAUCCAGGGCCUCUUGGUGCUCAAGCUCGGCUUGAGUUUUUUGAGUCAUAUAAAAAUAUUCGAAAUCAAUCUGAAAGAACCCAAUUUGAAAAUCUUGAAGAAAAUCCAAAUUUAGCCUAUUUAGAAAAAAUUGAUAAAGGACGAUUAAGCCCAAAUCCAUUUGGAAUUAUCAGGAGGAAAGGUCCAGAAGCUGCAAUUGAUAUUAAUCAUUAUAGUAUGGGUGAUCAUUAUGCCAGAGCUUUUUCAAGAGGAUUAAACCAUUAUAGAGACUUAGAAAGAUUAGAUUUACUCCCCCCCCCUCCGUAAACAAAACCAUUAGAAAAAUCGCUAUUUUUUGCCCAAAAACCCACCCUCCGUGAGUGAACAAAAAUUUUUUUAAUAGAAAAAUUUUUUGAUGGAAAAAAAAUUUUGAUAUAUAAAUGAUAAUUAGUAUAAUGAAAUCUAGAGCUAAUUCUGUUUAAUUUUAAACGAAUUGCUUUUUAAAACAUAAAUUUUAUAAAUUAAAUUAAUAUUUGCUUUCCAAUUUUUGCGAAUUAGAUUUUUUUAAAUUUCGAAAAAAAAUAUUUUUUAUAAAUUUAUAUAUAAAAUUGUUUUUAAAAUAAAAAAUUAACCCCCUCCGUGAAUGAACAAAAUUUUUUUGUUCACUCACGGAGGGGGGGGAGUUAGGCUCGAACCGGCUCACAGAAAGUGGAAGCGUCAAAAUCUUAAAAAAUCUUCAAGAUAAAAAUGUAAAAAAAUUGAGUUUGGCUGACAAUGCUAUAGGAAUUAAAUCAAUAGCCAAAAUCAUUGAGCUCACUUCUAGGCAAAAUUCUAAACUUAAACAUAUCAAUUUAGAAAAAACAAAGCUUGGAGACCAUGCUGCAAUUGAGUUAUGUAAGCAUUUAACAGAAAAUAAAACUGUGACCAAGCUUAAUUUAGCUUGCAAUAACCUUAGCUCAAAAUCUGCAUCAGCCAUAAAAGAAAUGAUAAGGUACAAUACUUGUAUAAAAUGUCUAGAUUUUCAUUGAAAUAGCUUAAGAUGAACUGGAGCGCUGGAGAUUUUUGAAGGAUUAUAUCAGAAUGAUUGUAUUAAACAGCUGGAUUUAUCAUGAAAUGCGAUGGGAAGAUAUGAAAAUUUAGAUGUAGCCCAGGCAAUUUCAAAGGCAUUAAGAAUAAAUACAGUCCUCAGGCAUCUAGAUCUUUCGCAUAACAAUUUUAAGGAAGAAGAAUGUAAAACUAUUGGAGAAGGGCUCAGCGAAAAUCAUGAUUUGCUUGGGAUCCAUAUGCUUGGCAAUGACUGCUAUAUUGACUCAAAAGGCUUUAUUAUCCCAACAGCUUAUUCUGGGAAGCUUGAGCAAGGCCAUUUCUUCCACAGAAUCCUCGAGUCUAAGAAAAAUAAACCCCCUCAAAAAGGUAUCACAAUGAACUGCUGAGUCUGUGAAAAAUGGGUUGAAAUGGCAUUCAUAUGGGUCCCAGGCAGAUCUGGAGAAGCCAAAACCGAGCCUAUUUUCUUACAUUUAGAAUGUGAUAACUACGAGCCCCAACUAAUGGAUAAGCUUCCAAACAACUCUUACCAGCUAUCUCGAGCAGUUCCUCCAGGACUUAUCAGAUUUUUUUACAGUGAUUUAAAUGGCCCUAUGAAGUCUGAUGAUUUCAAAAUAAAAUAUCUAGACCAGCCUUUUAAAAGUAAGCUUCACUAUGGAGAAGGCUACACAGAAGCAGUCAAUAUCCACGCUGUAAAUAUCAGAACUGUGAGUGGAGAAGUAUACGGAGUUAAUGACUCUUUUAAUGUUAAACCAAGAACACUAGGAAGAGUAUAUCAGCCACCAGUUGAAGAAUUAGAAAGGAUUCCAUGGAAUAUCCCUAUAUCUUUAUUUAAAGACUACAAAUUCGAUUCAGAGGAAAUUCUAAAUGAAUGCUUUGAAUUUGAUUGAAGAUACUCAAGACUUGCAAAUUUUGUGAAAAAUCCAGCUGAUCAAGAAGCUGUAAAGGAUAUUUUGAAAAAAUGUUAUAUUUAUAUAAAAGAAACUUAUAGAAAUUUGUCAGCAUAUGGAGGGUCUGAACUUUUUUCUAUAGGGACUAAUGUUUUGACUGAUUUUCUUAAUCAAUGCCAGCUUAUCGACAAUUUUUAUGGGGCAAGUGAUAUGGGAGUCAACUGGAACUCUGCAAUUGUGCCAAAAGAAAAAGGCCAAAUUUAUAAUCCUGGCAGUGCCCUAGUACGAUAUGAAUUUAUGGAAAUCCUGGUUAGGAUUGCUAAUGAUAGAUUUUUAAGAAAUAAAAUAUGCACCAACAUCGCAGAUUCUGUUCAAAAAAUUUUUAAAGACAAUUUUUUGCGAAAUAUGACACAAAUGGAUACAAAUAUAUGGAGAGACCAAAAAUACCUUUGUGAAGAGGUCGAUUUGGUCCUAAAAGCCCAUAAACCAAUACUAGAUGCAAUUUACAAAAAAUACAGUGGCAAAAAAACUCUUCCUGGGCAGCGAGUAUUUAUGUGCCUCGACGAAUUUCGAAGUCUAUGUACUGAAGGUGGGCUUGUAAAUGAUAAUUUUGCAAGCAGAGAAAUAGAUCUUUGCUUUAAUUUAGCAAUGAUGACACAAGUCGACGAAUUAUACAAGAAAAGGCAUAUUGAGAUGAGUUUUGUGGAGUUCUUAGAAGCACUUUGCAGAGCCUUCGAUAUGUCCAGCAUUGUUAACGUCGAACUAAUAGAGCUUGAAGAAGAAAAACAUCUAUUUGAUUCCAAUAACCAAAAUCUUCCUUUACACACAAAGGUGGAAGCUGGGAUCCAAAGUCUGAUUAGACUUUGCCCUGAUGCGGUUCGCAGCUCUUUUGUGUACCCAACUGAAGAAACUUAUAAGAAAAUGAUGUAUAGGCCGAAAUCAAAGGCAGAUAAUUAA